AUCAACUCACACAUUUAAUUUUAUAGUUGUACAUAAUCAAAUGGAUGAAUAUGUUAGAAAGGAGCGGUCUCCGUUGGAGCUGCUCGAUGAUGAGCCUGUCGGUGAAUGUAGCGAUGCAGAAGUCGACGAAGAAGAGUUAAACAACUUCCUUAUGGGAGAUGUGCUAGUUGGAGGUGAUGGAAGACACAAGCCAAAGCUGUCCUUCGCAGAGAAGUAUGUACGAAAGCUUAUGCGUAGGGGUCGCAGAGGAACAACAAAAAUCGCAUCAACUACCCGAAAGAAAAGAAAACGGAAGACAGCAGCGCACGCAUCAAAACUGACGCCUCAGCUGGAAAAAUUAAUGCAACAAGCAACAACCCACUACCUUUGCGGUAACUUCAAGGAUGCAAUUAAAACACUUAAAGAAGUAGUAAGGAGAGCACCGGGAUUACAUGACCCAUUCCAUAUGCUCGGGCUAAUAUAUCAGGAAGAAUAUAAUGAUCCAGUAACAGCUACUGGCUACUAUUUGCUAGCAGCGCACCUGGUACAAACCGAUCUGGAACUAUGGAAACGUAUCGCAGAAAUGUCACAAGACCUGGGAAAUGUAGACCAGGCUAUAUAUUGCUUUAAAAAAUGUUUAAGAAACAAUGAAGGUGAACCUAAUGAAGAAGCAAUAUUUUCACUGGCCAUGUGCUACCUGGAAAAACAGGAUCAUCCCAAUGCAAUUAAAAAACUACAUUUCCUUUUUGAUUUACACCCAGAUGAUGGACUCUUGCUUCAUGAACUUUGCAAGUCACUAACCAUAGUUGGAGAUAAGGAGACUUUACUCGCUGUGCUGCAGACAUACUACGAUAGUACAGGUGACCUGGAUGCAGCACAAAGAGCCUGUCAAUUGCAACUUACACUAGCGCAAUAUACAGAAUGUAGCGACUUUGUGCAAUUCGUGGCAAAUAAACUGCAGACGCAGAUCGUCAAACUACCUUUGCCAAUGAUAGUGGCAUACGUCGUGUCAAUGUUGCAUACCGACGUAGAACCAGUUACAGAGUUAUCUACCAUAUGGAACAUGAAUGAUGUGACACCAAUUAUGGUAUAUUCAAUAGCCUUGGCAAUGGCACAAAGAUGCCCGGAAAAGGCCUUACAAUGGUUUUAUAAAGCAUAUCGAAAGGAUGAUCCAACGACUGUAAGAGCAAUGACAGCUCAACAGGGCAUACAGAUGGCAAAAUGCCUAAUAAUUGUAGAAAAGAAUUCGGAUACCGCAGAACAAUUGCUUGCAAAACUACUGGAGAGAGAACCUAAUAAUUCAGAGCUUAUCAUACUCAUGGCAGAUAUACUAGAGCUAGGAGGAAAACACGCAAAAUCAGAUGAACUACUGGGAAGAUUAACUACGACGGACCUUGAUAGACUGAAAAUGAUACAAAAACCGAUCGAGCCAGGAGAAAGACAUGCUGAGCUCAUGUACCUAAUCGAUGCAGUAUAUACGCUACUCAACGCAUGCUUCUCAGAAAUAAAAUAUAGACCUGCACCAUGCCUACUUGCCCAGAACGAUAAUAAACGGAAUACAGAAGACUUUUGUGCUAUACUCAAAAGUACUAACCAAUGGAUCGAUAGGUUCCUGAGGAUAGUAAAUGACUGCGAAUUAGAUACUGAAAGGACUUACCAAAAACUAUCUACGUCCAAAGCAAAUAGAAAUCAAAAUGAUGAUGUAUCACAGGAAUAUAAUGAAUUAAGAAAAGAUGUUGGAAAGAACUACUCAUUCCUACGCACGAAGAAGGAUCUAGGGCUCCAGUCAGUUGAGGAUAUUAUAGGGUGGAAACAUUAUGAAAGCCUCCUGGAGUCUGCCACAGCACUCAUGGCCAUGGCAGGAAGGUCAAAGGAAGGUGUACAACUACUGGAAAUCAUCGCAAAUAAUAAAAAGAGAUACAAGUCCAACACAGAUAUAGUUGAACGCAAACAUAUGCUGACAACAGUAGAAAACCUGAUAUUCAAACUAAGUUGCUUUGGGGGAAUAUAUAAAGUGGCACUAGGGCACGCUAGAAGUGACUUUGUCAAUACGGGAAACCUAAAGAGGUACGCUGCACUACUAGGGUCAGGCACCCUCGCAAAAGCUGCGCUAUCAGCACUCUCAUCGUCAUCCGAAAAGGAUGCACUAUUGGAAAACAGGUCAUGGGUAACCAGACAACUGCUACUGAAACCAUAUAAUUUUGAUCUGUUGAUGGUAGCAGGGCACUUUUGCACAAUGUCAGGGAAUUGGCCAUUCGCGCUAGAGGAGUAUAGACGAGCACUAAUGCAAAGACCAAAGGAUCAUGUAGCUGCACUGUGUUUAGCAGUCAAUUAUUUCAACUCACUCAGCAGCAAGGUUGUAGAAGAUAAUAAAAAAAACGUAGUAAUGGCAAUGGCAUUCUUGCAAUAUAGCUUGGAACUCAGAAAGGAUAGCACGCAAACGCAUCCGUAUAGCGGUGUAUAUCAUGCUGAAUGCUUAUAUAAUCUAGGAAGAGCAAUGCAUUUCAUCAACAUGCUGCAUAUAGCAGUGCCACUCUACGAAAAGUGUAUUGAAACGAUCAGACAAUUGGAAAAUACAUACAAGGAAGUAAAGAAUCAAGAUGCAUUGCAAUGUCCAUGCAUAAUAUGCGAUAUUUGUCGUAAAAGCGAUGUAAAAUUCCCUCAUGAAGUACAUGGAUUGGCGGAGGGACAGUUUGUAUGGGAAUAUGAGCGUAAACAUAUCUUAAGAGGCGCAGCAUAUAAUCUAUACCUUAUAUACACCAAUAACAAAAGUACUUCACAAGCAGCACUAGUGGCUGCAAAGCAUCUUCAGUGGGAAUAGU